AUAUUCUUGUAAACACAAAAUUUUGAGACCAUGUGGUAAUAUUUAUUAUUUUACAAAUCUAGGAGAGAAUGUCAGAAGAUAACUCACUACAGCUCAAUUUCUAUGUUGGAAAUGAAAAACGAACGAAACAGAAAACUAAAUAUAGCAAGAAACGGGGAACGAGAAUAAAACAAAGAAGAUUACAAAAAGCCACAUCCGAGCUAGCUGCUUUUCAUUCAGAUAAACCUGAUCAACCACAUAAACCAGAGACAAUUCAGGAAACAGAGAGUGAAAAAGAGGUUCCAUUGAAACCAAAUAAAAACAAACCUGAAAAGGAAUAUGACACUUCAAAAGUUCCUGUGAUUGUAUCCUCAUCUUUGAAGAGAAAACACCCAAAUGAUGUGAGAGAAGUGCCACACAAAAAAGAGAGGAAUGAAAAUAAGGUGUUCAUAUCCUCUUUGUUCAGGUUUAAUCCUGAGAUUCCAAAUGUUGAAAAGUCAGCUGUUGCAAAGAUAAGAGAGGAGAUUUUCUCUUCAAAGAAUUUCAAAGAUCUAGAACUACAUCCCUUCAUGAUUUCAAAUUUAGAGGAGAGAUUCAAGAUAACACAGAUGACAUCAGUGCAGCAGAGAGCCAUUCCACAAGUACUCAGUGGUCACGAUGUCCUUGUCAAGUCACAGACGGGGUCAG